AUGUCGCGUCGAGAAGAUCGAAAUUUUGACUCGAAACGCUAUCGUUCUCGGUUCGACCGGGAACCCAGUCCUAAGAGAUCUAGGAGGGAUGGUAAGCCAGCAACUGAAAGACCACCUACUGACACUGGUUUGAAUAAAGAUCAUUUGGACCGGGAUCAGAAGCACCGACGUCGGCUGCAGGAUGCAUUUCCCCUCGAGGCUCCAUCAGCACAGGGAUCUAAGGUUGAAACUCAAGCUGUUAGCAAAGAAUCUGAAAACAAGAUUAAUGGACACAAUGAUGGAACCAAACACUCUUCUGACCCAACUAAAAUACCUCGGUCGCAAUCAUACUUUCAGGAGCAGCAUAGUGAUAGGAUCGAAAAGAAAGCAGUAGUCAAUGAUACAGAGCAAAAGGUCGAGAAAGCUAAAGAUAAUGAUAAUGGGGAAGACAAUCGAGUAUGGCGCCAUGAUGGGUACUUUGAAAUGGAGGCUGAUCAAAAACCACCUGUACGUAAAAAGCCUUCCUUUAGAGAGCAAAAGAUUCCGGCAGUUCCCGAUAAAACUGACAAAGGAAUCACAAACUCUCGAGAUCUCCCCGUAGACAAUGAAAGACGAGUUGAACGAGAGAACGUCUCUCGUAAUUACGACAGACCUGAGAGAUCAUUCAUGGGGGAGAGGGAGGCAAAAAGGGGUGAGACAUGGAGGGGUAACUCAUCGAGAGAUGGAUAUGGUGCCAGCAGUGGUCUCAGGGGUAGAGAUAGAUUCGGUACAAGGCAAACCGAUCGUCCAACUGCUGGUCGUGUUGAGAAAUGGAAGCAUGAUCUUUAUGAGGAGUCGAAUAGGAGUCCAACUCCGAAGAAUGAAGAAGAUCAGAUUUCCAAAAUUGAAGCUCUCUUGGCUUCAUAA